AUGCACAUCACCGAGAAUCUCUCGUGGACUAACAACAACACGGCACUGGCCAAGAAAGCACAGCAGCGUCUCUACUUGCUCCGCAAACUGAGAAGAGGCAGAGCCCAAGCACCCAUCAUGUGCACCUUCUACAGAGACGCCAUUGAGACCCUUUUGACUAGUUGCAUCACUAUGUCUGAAGCAUACACAACUACUGCACCAACAACUACAACCACUGCCCCAACAACUACAACUGAAGCAGAAACAACUACUGCACCUACAACUACUGCACCUACAACUAUUGCACCAACCACUACAACUACUGCACCGACCACUACAACUGAAGCACCAACAACUACAACCACUGCACAAACAACUACAACUGAAGCACAAACAACUACAACUACUGCACCUACAACUACUGCACCAACAACUGCUACUAAAGCACCAACAACUACAACCACUGCCCCAACAACUACAACUGAAGCAGAAACAACUACUGCACCAAGAACUACAACUACUGCACCUACAACUACUGCACCAACCACUACAACUCCUGCACCAACCACUACAACUGAAUUACCAACAACUACAACUACUGCACCAACAACUACAACCCCUGGACCAACAACUACAACUACUGCACCAACAACUACAACUACUGCACCAACAACUACAACUGAAGCACACACAACUACUGCACCAAGAACUACAACUACUACACCUACAAAUAUUGUACCAACCACUACAACUGAAGCACCAACAACUACAACCACUGCACAAACAACUACAACUGAAGCACAGACAACUACAACUACUGCACCAACAACUACUACUAAAGCAUCAACAACUACAACCACUGCCCCAACAAGUACAACUGAAGCACAAACAACUACUGCACCAACAACUACAACUACUGCACCUACAACUACUGCCCCAACCACUACAACUGACGCACACACAACUACUAGACCAACAACUACAACUACUGCACCAACAAGUACAACUACUGCACCAACAACUACAACUACUGCACCAACAACUACAACCCAUGGACCAACAACUACAACUACUGCACCAACAACUACAACUACUGCACCACCAACUACUACUAAAGCACAAACAACUACAACCACUGCCCCAACAAUUACAACCGAAGCACACACAACUACUGCACCAAGAACUUCAACUUAUGCACCUAUAACUAUUGCACCAACCACUACAACUACUGCACCAACCACUACAACUGAAAUACCAACAACUACAACUACUGCACCAACAACUACAACCCCUGGACCAACAACUACAACUACUGCACCAACAACUACAACUACUGCACCAACAACUACAACUGAAGCACACACAACUACUGCACCAAGAACUACAACUACUACACCUACAAAUAUUGUACCAACCACUACAACUGAAGCACCAACAACUACAACCACUGCACAAACAACUACAACUGAAGCACAGACAACUACAACUACUGCACCAACAACUACUACUAAAGCAUCAACAACUACAACCACUGCCCCAACAAGUACAACUGAAGCACAAACAACUACUGCACCAACAACUACAACUACUGCACCUACAACUACUGCCCCAACCACUACAACUGACGCACACACAACUACUAGACCAACAACUACAACUACUGCACCAACAAGUACAACUACUGCACCAACAACUACAACUACUGCACCAACAACUACAACCCAUGGACCAACAACUACAACUACUGCACCAACAACUACAACUACUGCACCACCAACUACUACUAAAGCACAAACAACUACAACCACUGCCCCAACAAUUACAACUGAAGCACACACAACUACUGCACCAAGAACUUCAACUUAUGCACCUACAACUAUUGCACCAACCACUACAACUAAAGCACCAACAACUACAACCACUGCACAAACAACUACAACUGAAGCACACACAACUGCUAGACCAACAACUACAACUACUGCACCAACAAGUACAACUACUGCACCAACAACUACUGCACCAACAACUGCUACUAAAGCACCAUCAAGUACAACUACUGCGCCAAAAACUACUGCACCAACAACUGCUACUAAAGCACCAACAACUACAACUACUGCCCCAACAACUACAACUGAAGCACAAACAACUACUGCACCAAGAACUACAACUACAACUACUGCACCUACAACUACUGCACCAACAACUACAACUGACGCACCAACAACUACAAACACUGCACAAACAAUUACAAAUGAAGCACACACAACUACAACCCCUGGACCAACACCUACAACUACUGCACCAAAACCUACAACCCCUGGACCAACAACUACAACUACUGCACCAACAACUACUACUAAAGCACAAAAAACUACAACCACUGCCCCAACAAGUACAACUGAAGCACACACAAUUACUGCACCAACAACUACAACUACUGCACCAACAACUACAACUACUGCACCAACAACUACAACCCAUGGACCAACAACUACAACUACUGCACCAACAACUACAACUACUGCACCAACAACUACUACUAAAGCACAAACAACUACAACCACUGCCCCAACAAUUACAACUGAAGCACACACAACUACUGCACCAAGAACUUCAACUAAUGCACCUACAACUAUUGCACCAACCACUACAAUUAAAGCACCAACAACUACAACCACUGCACAAACAACUACAACUGAAGCACACACAACUACUGCACCAACAACUACAACUACUGCACCUACAACUACUGCACGAUCAACUGCUACUAAAGCACCAACAACUACAACUACUGCCCCAACAACUACAACUGAAGCACAAACAACUACUGCACCAAGAACUACAACUACAACUACUGCCCCAACCACUACAACUGACGCACCAACAACGGGUACUAAAGCACCAACAACUACAACCACUGCCCCAAAAACUACAACUGAAGCAGAAACAACUACUGCACCAACCACUACAACUACUGCACCAACCACUACAACUGAAGCACCAACAACUACAACCACUGCACAAACAACUACAACUGAAGCACAAACAACUACAACUACUAUGCCAACAACUACAACUACUGCCCCAACAACUACAACUGAAGCACACACAACUACUGCACCAACAACUACAACUACUGCACCUACAACUACUGCACCAACAACUGCUACUAAAGCACCAACAACUACAACUACUGCCCCAACAACUACAACUGAAGCACAAACAACUACUGCACCAAUAACUACAACUACUGCCCCAACCACUACAACUGACGCACCAACAACUGCUACUAAAGCACCAACAACUCCAACCACUGCCCCAACAACUACAACUGAAGCACACACAACUACUGCACCAAGAACUACAACUACUGCACCUACAACUACUGCACCAACAACUACACCAACAUCUACAACUACUGCACCAACAACUGCAGCCAAAUCAACUACGACUACAGCUGCACCAACGAGUACAACUAUGACACUGACAACCACAAGUAUAGCACCAACAACUAUGCCACAUUCAACUACCGCACCAACAACUAUAACUACUAUGCCGACAACUUCAACUUAUACACAGACAACUACUGCAGCAAAAACAACUACAACUUUUGCAUCAACCACAACUAAUAUCCUAGCAACUACAACUAUUGGCUCAACAACAAAUCCUUUACUUAAAACUUCAACCACUGAAUCUACAACAUCAUCUGUACCAACAACUACAAAUUCGGCACAAACCACAACUCCUGUAUCAAAAACAAUUUAUAUACCAACAACUACAACUACUGGUCCUAAAAAAACUUCAAUAAUUGCCCCAACAACUUCAGAAACAUCAACUGUAGGACCAAUCAAAACUUCACAAACCCCAAGUGAUUUGUCAUCAAAUCAGACAACUUCUCCUCAAAUAGAACCACCAGCAACAGCUCCACAAACAAAUUCAAGUACUACAAAAUUACUAACAACAACUGCUCAUGCAACUCUCAAUGUCAGGUUCUUUGGUGACCUGAAUUUUACUCCACAGGAACAUAUAGACAUGCUUAUCGGGAUAAUUAAAAAAAAUGUUAAUGGGGCCUUUAACAUUUCUGUGAAGAAACGUGUUUAAUGGACAUCUCAGGCAGGUGUUUCAAUUUAUGGUCGCAGAUAUGCGGGAUACACUCUGGAUAUAUGGCCAGUCUGUUGCAUAACACUUAGUUCUAAUUGUUCGUAGUAAUAAUCUCAACAAAAUUAAUCUUAAGAAAUGCUAAAAACCUAUAAAAUCUAAUUUUACAAAAACCUUAGAUGUGUGCUACAAUACCUUUAACAAGACUAUUGUGAACUCCAAUAUCUAAGUAAAUAGUGUUGAGAUGCAUAUUUAUUUAUAAGUGCAAUAUUUAAUAAAGUUUUUGCCAUUGAUUCCUAAUGUAAGAUUCUGUAAUGUAAGAUGUGCCAAGAUCACUGCGUCUGUCUCGCCCAUCUCUUAUUAUGUAAUUAGAUCUGCGUCGUUCUGUUGUUGUCUUGUUCACCUUCUGUUUCCCUGUUGUUUUGUUCCCCUUGUUUGUUGACAUGGACAUUUAUUUACUGUAGGCCACACACAUCUCCCCAUAUACAAGGUCAUUGGUUUCCACUCUGCAUUUAUGGAGACACGGGUUGUGUUUUUGGGCUACUUUCACAAUGAACUUUGGCCGCCAAAAUGUUUAUUUAUAUUCUGAGCAUGAAUGAAUACCUGGCAACUCAAGGACCGGAUGCAUUAUCAUAGAUUUGGGGAGCGUUUGCUAGGUACAGUACAGUGAGGGUCUUACGAAGAUAAACAGUUUCUCUUUCAUUUCUAUAGAGAGUUCUUUAUGAGGAAAAUCAAAGGAUCUUUUUUUAUAGGAUUAGGGGUAAGACAAAUAGAGUUUCAACACGGAAUUAAAAACUAAGAAACCAUUCAAAUAAAUAAAUGUGGCAAUAUAAAACCUAUUUUGGUUGCAGCUGUCCACUUUGCACACUGGAAUAUAAUGGGAUGC